AUGAUUGCACUAAUUUUCUUUUCUGUCCUGCUGUGGGGCAAGGCUGACGCGUGGGGAUUCAAGGACGGAGUGCUGCAUAACUCUAUUUGGUUAGAACGAGCAGCUGGAGUGUAUCACAGGGAGUCACGCACUGGGAAGUACCAGCUCACCUAUGCAGAAGCAAAAGCCGUCUGUGAGUACGAAGGAGGACAUCUAGCCACCUACCAGCAGCUGGAGGCAGCGAGAAAAAUAGGUUUCCAUGUGUGUGCAGCUGGCUGGAUGGCAAAGGGCAGAGUUGGUUACCCCAUAGUAAAAGCCGGAGCCAACUGUGGCUUUGGGAAGACUGGCAUCGUAGAUUACGGGAUCCGCCUCAACAGAAGCGAGAGAUGGGAUGCCUACUGCUACAACCCGAACGGAAAAGAGUGUGGUGGAGUCUUCACGGAUUCAAAACAUGUUUUUAAGUCACCAGGCUACCCAAAUGAAUAUGAAAAUGAUCAAAUUUGCUACUGGCAUAUUAGAGUAAAAUACGGACAACGGAUUCAACUGCAGUUUCUGGAGUUUGAUGUUGAAGACGACACUGCUUGUAUGGCUGAUUUUUUGGAAGUCUAUGAUAGCUAUGAUGAUAUCAAUGGCUUUGUGGGCAGGUUCUGUGGGGAUGAGUUGCCAGAUGAUAUCAUCAGCACAGGAAAUGUUAUGACCUUGAAGUUUUUGACUGAUGCCUCAGUGACGGCUGGUGGUUUUCAGAUUAGAUAUGUUACUAUGGACAUGCCUUCAAAGUCUGGUGAUGGAAAGAAUACAACUUCCCAAGGAAAAACAAACUUCUUAGCUGGAAAAUUUGGUAUAAUGUGAGCAGAUUAGCAAGGUAUAAUC